GUUUGCUUGGAUGGAACAUUACCUGGUUAUCAUUUGCAUCGAGGACAUGGAUCAGGAGCAAACAGCUGGCUCAUCCACUUAGAGGGAGGUGGUUGGUGUAAUAGUGUUAGAUCAUGUGUUUUCCGGAAGACAACGAGACGUGGAUCAUCAAAAUUUAUGGAAAAGGAACUCCCUUUUACAGGAAUAUUAAGCAAUAAUGCUGAACAAAAUCGAGAUUUUUUCAACUGGAACAGAGUGAGGCUUCGUUAUUGUGAUGGUGGUUCUUUUACUGGGGAUAAUGAAGAUAAGGCUGCUAAACUGAAAUUUAGAGGACAACGCAUUUGGUUGGCUGCAAUGGAAGAUUUGAUGUCAAAGGGAAUGCGUCAUGCCAAGCAGGCUCUUCUUUCUGGAUGCUCAGCCGGUGGUCUGGCUGCUAUUAUACACUGUGAUGAAUAUGGUCUAUUUCCGAGUGCUACUAGAGUGAAGUGUUUGAGUGAUGCUGGGUUAUUUCUUGACGUGGCCGACGUCUCAGGUGGUCGUACUCUCAAAGAUCUAUAUGGUGGUGUUGUAGGAUUGCAGGGGGUGUGGAAGAAUCUGCCACGCUUUUGUACCAACCAUCUUGAUCCAACUUCAUGUUUCUUCCCUCAGAACUUGAUCGCCAGUGUUAGCGCCCCACUAUUCAUUCUCAAUGCGGCCUAUGAUACGUGGCAGAUACAAUCCAGCAUAGCUCCUCCAUCAGCAGAUCGCCAAGGCUAUUGGCAUCGUUGCAGAUUAAACUUUAAUAGAUGUACUAGAAAUCAAAUAGAGUUUCUGCAAGGAUUCAGGAAUCACAUGCUGAAUGCCGUCAGAGACUUCUCAAGAUCAAGCCAUAAUGGAUUGUUUGUAAAUUCUUGUUUUUCCCACUGUCAAACCGAGAGGCAGGAUACGUGGUUUGCCCCCAAUUCUCCUGUCGUUGGGAAAAAGGCAAUCGCUGAGGCUGUUGGGGAUUGGUAUUUUGACCGAGCUGGUGUAAAAAGCAUUGACUGUGCUUACCCUUGCGAUAAGACAUGCCACCAUCUGGUUUUUGAAUGAGUCUGCUAUCACUCUCACCCAUAUUAUCAGUUUCCAUCUCUUCAUUUCAGCCACUGAACGCAGAGCAUGCCAUUCAUUCAACUUCUUACAUAAAUAAACAAAAGGAUUGCUGAUGAGUGAAAAUUCUCAGUCAACUUCUGGCGUAUUUGAUGAAAGCUAUCUUACAAUUUAUUUACUUCAGUCGUGGUUGCUGAGGCUGGCAAAUGCCAUGCAUUUUUGUAAUAUUAUUUCCAUGUGCGAAGUUACAUAUACUGCUUAGCCAUAGCCUUGGACGCUUGGAUGUGACCAAAUGUCGUAAAUAUUUACGAUGUAGUGUUAUAGUAUAAUUUGCUGGAGAAUUUCAUAAGUAA